UAGAAGUACGUGAUAUAAAAUAAUCACGAUGUUUACUGAAGGGAGUCCUUUAUUGUGGCGGUUAGCUGUGUAUGCUAACGCCCGGUGUGUUUGAGCUACUUCCUGUACACGUCGCUCUUACGGCACUGCACUGACCAGACAGGAGUGUAAAGAAAAAAGGGCAAAGAAUUAUGGAAACUUUAAUCGGCCUGCCGUUUGCUGUGUUAGAAUGUCCAAAUAUCAAGCUAAAGAAGCCGUCCUGGCUGCACAUGCCCUCUGCUAUGACCGUAUAUGCUGUUGUGAUUGUGUCCUACUUUCUCAUCACAGGAGGUAUAAUCUAUGAUGUUAUUGUAGAGCCACCCAGUGUGGGUUCAAUGACUGAUGAACACGGUCACCAGAGGCCUGUGGCGUUUUUGGCUUACAGGGUGAACGGGCAGUAUAUUAUGGAGGGUCUGGCUUCCAGCUUCCUCUUCACCAUGGGAGGUCUCGGCUUCAUCAUUCUGGACCGCUCCAAUGCCCCAAAUAUUCCUAAACUUAACCGCUUCUUGUUGCUCUUCAUUGGCUUUGUGAGUGUGCUGCUGAGCUUCUUCAUGGCCCGAGUGUUCAUGAGGAUGAAGCUGCCUGGAUAUCUCAUGGGUUAAAUCUGCACAAGGCCUUAUCAUGUGGCAGGCAACACAGGCAGACACAGAAGGAUGACUGCAAAUGCACAGAAAAUAACCUUCUGGAUCAGUGUGAUGAUUUUGUGUGUGUGUGUGUGUGUUUGAGAGAGAGAGAGAGAGAGAGAGAGAGAGAGUGUAACUUGUCCCUAUACCCAAGGGCUUGAGGUUACAGUGUUUAGGUUCAUUAUAUUUUGAACAAAAUGUGCAUAUCCUGAUUUGGAAGGCAGUGGUGUAUAAGAGUUCGAUGCUAAGUUAUCAGAAUUGGUUUGCAUAUAAAGUCAAUUAUGUGCAAGUAUAAAAAGGAUUUAAGUCUGGCCUGUGUGGGGUGGGUUUUUCUACAGAAAUCUAAAAUUAAAGCUCUUUAUACAACUCUGA